UCAUCAUCGUCGUCAUUAGCUCAUCAUCUCGGGGUUUCUGUGCGAAAAAUUUUGUCAUCAUCCGUGUUCCGCGACGAUUGUCCGCAGGUUUUCCCAUCGAAUCCUCCCCCAGAAUUCGAUUCCGUUCGUUAGUUUCGUUUCCGCACCACAGUCCAUUGGAUUGAUGUUCCCUGGGAGAGCGUGGAACGCGUCGCGAGUGAAUUGUCGGUGAUUAUUUCGAGGGCUGGGGAAAUCUGCAUCGGGGCUUCGGGUUUGAUAAGCGAGAAAGUAGUGUCAUCAUCAAUCGGCAACCUUGGACGAGUAAUUUUUAGGAGGAGCUAACCGUGCGACAGAUCGGAGGCCGGAAUCGUUCCGAAGAGAGAGGGAGGAAGUGAUGACCCUGGAUUCUAGCGUGCUGCCAUCGGAGCUGGUCACAACUGCUCAGCCACUGGUUGGACUGUCCGGAUUGGAAGUGCACCGAAAUGCCACCCACAAAACCAUUUGGGAUGCGUUCCACAACACCAAGAAACCGGAGAGCGAGUCGAUCCAGUACAAACUGCUUCCGGUGAACUAUGAGUUUCCGGUUUCGAAACCGAAGCGACAGUCCUACGAAUGGUACCAUCCCAAAGGGAUCCUCAAACGGAAUUGGAUGCUGAAGCAUCUUCACGUUCUUCCAGCCGUGGUGGUUCUCUUUCAAGAUUUAGAAUGGAACGACCCGCAGUGGAGCGAAAAGCAGCGGGAUUGCGCUUCCAUGAUCCAAUCGAUGAAGAAUUCCCUCCAAGGUCGUCACACUCGGCUGGUGGUGGUUUUGCUUCAGAAGGGUUCCUCACUGCCACAAGGUAGCGAUGACCUCUUGGCCUCCGAACGGGCUGCCCAUCUGACGAACAAUUGCGACAUCAACGCCAAAAUGCUCUUUGUGCUCACACACAACGACCACCUGAUGGGCCAGAUUAUGCGAUUGCAGUCCGCCUUCCUGGAGCUGGCCCAAUCCUGCUACACGCAAAUCAUGAAGCAAAUCCGCUCGCACAGGGAUCAGCUCACCGAGAACCACAAGAUGCUCAAGAUAAGGCAUCUGUUCAAGUUGGGAUUCAUCUCGGAGCUCAAACUUGAUCAGCUGAAUGCCCUGAAACACUACCGCCAAACCUACGCCAAUCUGGACGAGCUGCGGAUCGUCGAUACCAAUUGUCUCGAAGUUAAAACCAUCGCCGGGUUCGUCAACUACAAAAUCUGUCGGCUGUACUUCAAGGUGAACGCCCCGAAGGAUUCGAUUUCCCACUUCAAAACCCACAUCAACAAGUACCGCAGCCGGACCGGAUUCAAGGAACUGGUGUUCGAGCACUGGGCCUGGCUCAGCGUGCAGUACAGUGCGUUCGGGGAGCUGUUCUGCGAAGCGGUCAAGAACGGGCUGGCUCCGCUGCAGACGCAACACCCGGGGAUCUACUUCCACAAGGCGGCCGAAUACAUCGGCAAGCGGAAGGAAGCGUUUCUGCAGUGCACGGCACUGGGGCCACCGCCGAUCGGGGGUGGCGACGGGCAACCGGCGGGACCGGAUGGCAAGCCCACGACCAAUCCGAAUUCCGCCCUGUACAGUGACUUUUUCGGCAUUCGGGGCGCCAAAACGGGUGAACCCGUAUCGGAGCAGCAAAUCAUCUGUCUGGUGCAGGAGAUGGAGAAAGCCUACAACCAUUCGGCGGCCAUCAUCAUCCUACUGGGGCAGGCGAUGGCCCAGUACAAGGUCUACAAAUGUCUGCGCUUCCGGAAGAAACUUGCCAUCGACAUGGCCGAGGAGUACCUCAAGAGUGGCGACCACUCGAAAGCCCUCACUCUGUACUCGUUGAUGCUUUCGGACUAUCGGGUCGACAAGUGGUACACCAUAUUCACCGAAGUCCUGCUGAAAACCCUCCGUUCCGCGUAUCUUUCGGCUUCGGUGCCUCAUUUUGUAGAGUGCAGCAUCGAAUCCCUGUCGCCUCGGAUCGCCAUGGACAAAGCGGAACGUAUCUUGAUUCUGGAAAAUCUCUGGAAGGUCUUCCACAACGUGUCUCCGGUGUCGAGCAGUCAGAUAGCUCCGGAGUUGUCCGCCAACUGGCAAACGGCUCUGACGUCCUUCAGCAGUCCCAUCAAGCUGGAUCUCGAUCGAUUGAACGAUCUACUCGAAUGCAAGAUCACGUUCGAUCAACGCCAAAUCAAAAACGAUGAAAAGUUAUGCCUGCAGUUGUAUGUCCGGUCCAUUGUAGAAGUUCCUUUGAAGUUGAAAAAUUUCUCCGUCCUCCUGACGGAUCUCAAGUCCAGCGCAGUCCGAGUUCCGGCCAUACAGUACUGUGAGUAUGCUCCGAACGAAGAUAUCCCAGAGGGUGCUCUGAAACCAAUUGAGGAGUUCAUCUUGGAACCCCACAAGUGCUACAGAAUUGUAUUCGUCGGCGAACGGUACCAGUUCAUGGAGAACGUCGAUGUCCACAUUUUCCGAUUGGAGAUGCAAAUGGGCUCGGAUCGAACGUAUGCGGUUUUGUCCAUGAGAGAGAAGCUGAACAUACAAAAGGGAUUCAAAAACUACAAUCCGCACCAGGAUUGUAUGGAGCAGAUCGCUGUGAUAAGUUCGUGUUAUAUCAUUCCAACAUUCCAUCUAGGAUCGCAAACCAAACAAAACAGUCAGCCAAUGUUGACCAACGAGUUCUAUCGAAUUACGACGAAAAUUAUGAACAAUUCGGAUCUCUGCCUACAGAACGUUGGUGUUAGCAUCAAUGUGCCGCAAAAUUUGCGAAAUAAUGUAUUCCUUACAACCGAUUUGGGCAGUCCUCUUCAGAAAAUUAGUUCCCAGGUGCAGAUCGACAUCGGUGAACUGCAGAUGCAAUCCACCAGUAGCGUAUCGUACUACGUAACCAGUCUGGUCGAGGGUAACAUUGAACUGCGCCAGCGAUUGUACUACCAAACGCAGAAUCUCCACCAAACGAAACCAUCGCUGGUGCUAACGAGCGUGACGGAUUCGCCAUCGACUCCCAACAGCGAGAAGGAGGAUCUGGCCAAGCUGCUGGCCAGCGAUCGCACCGGACAAAAGUAUACCAACAGUCACAACGUGAAGAUCGAGAAUUUGAACGAGGAACAAGUGCGCAAGAUCAAGGAGGAUACGAUCGUGGUACCGUGCGUGGAGGAGAUCAAACUGAGCGGUCGAUUCUACACGCUGAGCCGACAGUCGCUGACGAGGGCAUACAAGAGCGAAGACUUCCUGCUGCGGGUCAACAUGGAGGUCAAGGCCCCGGACGGUGUGGACGUGCUGGAGACGCAGUUUAUUAGUGACCACAACAUAAUCGAGAAGCCUUACAAAGGUCAACAGCGCAUCGCGGGGACAAAGUUGCGCCCGGGAACCCGUUUUGAAGACCUGCGACUGCUGAACUCCAUUAACUGCAGCCGGGAUUGGAUCAUGCAAGGCGACUAUCUGAACAACGAUGUUCAGCUAACUUUCAGCCGCAGCCGGACUCCGGAUCAUGGUGCUGCCCUGCAGGUGCCAGCGUCGUCCAAUCGUGUACCACCGGACGACCAGUUCAAUCGGAGUUUGCUGGCAAAACUCCCAACCAACGCAACUAUUAUCGGUAGCACCAAUGCAAACCUCACGAAUCAGUUGAGCCUACCACUAACGAGUUCAUCCUCAUCUUUCAAUGCUGCCUCCACGGGAUCUUCUCCGGUGCCUCCUCCUCUCCAAAACCCAGGAUCCGCCAUGACUUCCUCGACCGGAAGUGCCGACGAUUUUAAGGUGAAACCCUUAACUACCUCUAGCGGAUCAGGACCUGGAGCAGGUGGAGAUCAGCAGAUGGAGGAUUUCGGGAAAAGUUUAACCAAGUUGAAGAACAUCUACAACCACACGAUUGACUGUGUUCAACUGACCAACAACGAACGAAAUGGGUUCAUCAAUGCUGCGCUAUGUACCGUGUCGCCUGUGGUCGUUCCGGUAACAACAGGUGCACCUAAGGGUCGUCCUGUAGAAACCACCGGGAACGACGUAAGCAGCACGUUAAGGGAGAAGGUGCUAAUCUUUGGUGUCUACUGCAUCCGGUGGUGUCGCAGCAGUUCUCCCAACAUGAUCAAUGAGGCAAAAUUUGUGAUUAAUGGCAUUGAAGUGAUAGAUCCUCCGCUGAACAUCUACUGCUACUUGGAAGAGAAGAUGUACGUUCGGGUGCCGAUGACUCUGCGAGUGACCUUAAAGAAUCCCACGCGGAGGAUCAUCCAACUCCACGCAUUGCUGAACAGCUCUGAUAGUUUCAUGUUUUCCGGUCACCGACAGCUGAAUGUUACCAUAUUUGCCUUUUCGUCGUACGACCUGCUGUUCAAUCUGUACCCCUUGAAGGCGGGUUGGCAGCCGCUUCCAGAGUUACAGCUUAGUUAUGUCCAUCAAGUUGGUACCGGUGGAGCCCCAUCAGUCAACAGUGGACCACAGUCCGGGAAGGGAACUCCAGUGCCACCGGGAAUGAACAGCACCAGUGAUUCGACUAGCAAUACUCAACCAUCCGGUAUCGAUCCGAGUGAUCCAACCGGUGAAAAUGUCGAGGCGAAACUAAAAGCCGAACUGGACUCGCUGGUCAAACGAUGGAUGCCCAAAAUGGUUUUCAUUCAUCCUCCAACGCGGAAGUAAAGAACAUUGGGUGAAGUAUUGACCAUUUAUCGAGCCACUCGUUCACGCGUUAUCGAUGAUGUGGCGAUUCUUCCUCUAUUUUGCAUUAGUUGGUUGAUUGUAGAAAAUAGUAUUUAGUAGAAACAAAACAUAUGCUAGUGAGUUAUGAUCAACAAAUUAUAUUACAACGGAAUCAUUAUCCCGAAUAGAUAUGUUAUUCGACAAAAUCUUACUUGGCGGAUGGGUAGACGCAUGGAGUCUCCUAAGUACGAGUGUUGAAUAGAUCGUAUUCUUUCUAUAGGUAAGCAGAUAUAAUUCAUAGGCUUUGAUGAUUCAGUUUUAAACAAAUCACUCUGAUGGCAGGAGGCAAUUGAUAAUGUAAUUAUUAGGUAAGACAAAAGGUACGAACGAUAGGCACGACUGAUCGUAGGGCGGAAUGAUGAUUAAUCUAAGGUUGACAUGGCACCGUUAGAUCGAUAUUUAAAAAGUUGAUUCAUUCGGUGCACUGGCAACUCAGAACUAUGUAUAUUAGAUGAAAAGGUGUAAUUAUCACAAAAAUUAGAAAGUUGGUAAAAUGUGACGAUAGAUGGUUUUGAUGUUACAACAUCCGUAGAGUGUUGAUAGAAAAGUUGAAAACGAUACGAGUUACAAUAUUAUUUAUUGAUUUGGACUGUU